AAGAAGCUGAGAUGCUCAACAGAACACUAAAAGAAGCACCUCCGCCGCGUGCUCGUCUUUACUUCCUUCUCUCCUUUCUUUCCUCCCCCACUCCCAACUCUUCCCAGAACAUAUCCUGUCUUUGCUGAUCAACCCCUCCGACUUCUCAUCCCAACUCGCCUCUCAUUCCUCUCAUUCCUCCACUUUCGUCCAUCCCCCCAAGCAUAUUUUUCACACUAACAAUACCAUGUCCCCACAACCCACAGUCCUGGUCCUCGGCGGGGUCGGCUUCGUCGGUCGCAACUUUGUCGCCUAUCUGGUAGAGAACAACCUCGCUGCCGAGAUCAGAGUUAUCGACAAGGUCCUCCCCCAGACUGCCUAUCUCAACAAGCGGUUCCAGGCUGCCUUUGAGAAGGUCGAAUUCAUGCAGGGCAAUCUCUCCAACACAGCCUCUGUCGAAAAGUGCUUCACCCGCGCCGAUGGUUCCUCAUUCGAUUAUGUGGUAAACUUCGCAGCUGAGACCAAAUUCUCUCAACCGGAGGAGAUUUAUGAGGACCGCAUCUACAGGCUGUCGAUCAACUGUGCAAAGGAAGCCGUCAAGAGGAAUGCCAAGGUCUUUGUCCAGAUCUCAACAGGCGAUAUUUACGAGAGCACCGGGACCGCAAGCAAGGAAGACUCGAAGACAAAGCCCUGGAACCAGAUGGCCCAGUACAAGCUGAAGGUCGAUAACGAGCUCCAAAAUAUGGAAGGACUGAAUUUAAUCAUCCUUCGCCCUGCAGUCAUCUACGGAACCGGCGCCACGGGUGGACUCACUCCCAGACUGAUCUGCGGUCGCGUAUACCAGCACUUGAAGAAAAAGAUGGAGUUCUUGUGGACAAAAGACCUGCGCAUCAACACCGUCCAUGUCGACGACGUCUCAAGGGCAGUCUGGCACUCUGCCAACUGGUAUGUCAGCAACGACAAGCAGGGAACCCCCGUCAUCUUCAACCUCGCAGACGAUAACGACACUGACCAGGAAGCUAUCAACACUCACAUUCGCGCUAUUUUCGGCAUUGAGACUGGAUUCCAGGGAACAAUUGUCUCCCAAAUGGUCAAGCUGGACAUGUCGGGAGCAACAGAAGAGAUCAACGAGAUGCACUUGGCACCAUGGUCCGAUAUCUUGAAAGCAUAUAACAUCAAGACAUCGCCUUUGACGCCAUACCUGGACCAGGAAUUGCUCUACAACAAUGCCGUUUCGUUGGACGGCACCAAGAUCUGCACAGCCACCGGAUUCACAUACGAACACCCCAAGUUGACGACGGAGAGUCUUCGUGAGAUCAUCACAGAUUUCCAGGAUCUGGGUAUCUGGCCACGCGACUAGAGAAUGACGACGACGAAAGUGGAUUAAUUCUAAGUAAAUAUAUAAAACAAAUAAAGAACACAAAAGACGAAUAGAUUGG